AUGUCGCAGCCCAGCACGAGUGUUCGGUUGGUUCGUUCGUUCGUUCGUUAUUCGGUUCAGUUCGGUUCUCGUUCAUUGAUUGACUACGAACACGACAAUGACCAAUCAGCUGAUCGAACGAUCGGUAUUCUUGGUAAACAAGUUUUUGUGGUUGGUACGUUCAAGGCAUCACGUGACGAGGGGUAUGCACAGCUCGACACUGACGAGGUUGAGGCAGCGGACGUUGUGCCGUUGCUGCUGCUGCUGCUGCUGCGGCUGGUGGUGGUGUCGGUGUCUUUAUUCGGUGGCCGGUCGGCUGGCGACGGUGGUGAAUAUAUACUCACCGACAUUACGAGCAGCUCUGAAUGGCAGUGUGGUUAG